AUGGCUAACAACAACGACGACGGUCCUUGUGUUCUCCUGCACUGUGAUUUUCCGGUCGAAGACCGCCUCUACUCUCUCCAUUUAUCAACUACACACGAUCAUACAAAUAUUCAGACAGUGAGUAGACUUUCUUUUCCGGUGAGCUCUAAGUUUGUUGUAUUAGGUUCUUGUAAUGGCUUAUUGUAUCUCCAAGAUUCUGUUAACAAGGAUCAAAGUUAUAUAUACAAUCCAUUUACUAGAGAUUGUGUAAAGAUUCCGAAACCAGGAGAGAUAUCGAAUCAACAUCGAGUUGCGGUUGGAUUCGGUUUACAUUCUAUUACAAAGGAGUACAAGGUUGUUAGGAUUGUCUACUCAAGAAAUAACGAAGAUCUAGCUAGCACGGAAACGGAAACGUCUAGAAAACGAGAAACUACCGAAGUAGAAAAUUGUGAAACGAUAAUUUCUAUGAGAGCGGAUCAUAAAUUUAAAGUUUCGGAGUUUACGGAAGCGUUUUCAGAAACGAAAGCGUUACCGCAAGGUAGGUUGCGGAAAUAUUCUUUACCGCAAUCCGAGGUUCAAGUUCUAACUCUCGGCGGCGGAAACUUAACAUGGAGAAGCAAAGGGGAAGCUUGUAAUUACCAACUGCUAGGAAAACCAUCUGAAGCAUUAGUCAACGGAAAACUCCAUUGGUUGAGCUGUAGAUACCGACAACAGACGCUUCGUAAGCUGAUCUCAUUCGAUCUGGAAGACGAACAGUUUCGUGAAGUUCCGAAUCCAUGUCCGCAUACCUUCGGCAGACAUUGUUCUCACUUAGUAACAAUACGAGGCUGUCUUGCAGCAGUAAUUCAAGGUUUCAGAAGUAUUUACAUUUGGAUUAUGAAAGAAUAUGGAGUUCAGGAAUCUUGGAGUAAGGAACUCAGCUUAAGAGUAGUUCAGUUGGAUCAAUCUGUCAAUAAUUUUCCCAAGUUUAGUUUAUCACAAGCUAAAGUUUUGUGUGCUCUGAAAAAUGGUGAGGUUCUGAUAAAACUACGAUGUAAGAAUUUAGUUUGUUAUGAUCCGAAAUCUGGGGAAUUUAAGGAGCUUAAUGUUCAGGAAUUGCCGGAAUCAUUGAAUACAUUUGUUCAUCUAACCAGUCUAAAUUGGAUAGACACUCCAAUUCGCUCUCAGGAUUCGUAA